UUGUUUUUAUCACGUGACCGGAACCUGUCCCAUCACCAAUCUGCUACUCUUUUAGCUCCAACUCAGACCUCAGGAAAGACAACCCCAGCCCGCUUACCCGUGGCGGCUUUCUCGUAGAAACCCAACGCCGGCCUACAUCCCAUAGGUUUAUUUAAUCGGAAAACAUUCGGCUCAUUGGCUCCGGCGUUACGUGAAUGAAGUUUGUAUCAUUAGCUCCUCUAGCUAACGAGGACAACAACCUUGUCCUGUCUCCCCCCGCGCUGUCUGUGCUUCCAAUGUGGUUGACAGCUGAUUAACUACCUCGUUUAUUUACUUUGUAUCGAGAGUUGGAGUGGAGCCCUUUGUGUACUACAACAAUAGAAUAGAACUGCCUCCGCACGGAUUGUAACACCUGUCCUGUGUAGUCAUGACUGGACAAGAUCACUGACUUGAGUAUCGACACAGGCCAACAUGGGCUCCCCAGCCAGUCUGGGCUGACGACCAUCGAGCGGUGCGCCGACGCCUGUCCUUCUGAGGGGAGAGAAUAUCUGUCGUCCAAGAUUUCCUCCACAACGUUUUCCGUCAAGUCCCCUUCCCUUUCCCCCGCGUCCCUGAAACCUCAUCAUGCUCGAGGGACUGGUCGCCUGGGUCCUUAACACCUACCUGGGGAAAUAUGUCAGCAACUUGAACACAGACCAGCUCUCCAUCGCCCUACUCAAAGGUGCGGUGGAGCUGGAGAACCUGCCUCUGAGGAGGGAUGCCCUCAGAGAGUUUGAUCUGCCCUGUGAGGUCAAAGCAGGCUUCAUCGGGAAGAUCACCCUGCAGAUCCCCUUCUACCGGCUCCACAGCGAACCCUGGGUCAUCUCCAUCUCCCAGCUCAACCUCGUCAUCGGCCCCGCCCGCCCCCAGGAGUUUGACGAGGAGCGGGAGCGUGAGGAGGAGAAGGAGCGCAAGAAGCUCCUCCUCAAAGCGCUGGAGGACAAGUGGAGGAGUGAGUGUGAACAGAGAGGGGAGUCGUACUGGCACUCAGUCACUGCGUCUGUGGUCACCAAGAUAGUGGAGAACAUUGAGUUAAACAUCCAAGGGGUGCACUUGAGAUUUGAGGACGACUUCUCCGAUCCAGGGAAGCCAUUUUCGUUCGGCGUUUGCAUCAACAAUGUGUCGGCACAGAACUCUACCAAAGAACCCGUCCAGAAGCUUGUGCGUCAGAAGCAGCUGGAGAUCCAGGACUUCAGCGUCUACUGGGACACUGAGUGUGAAAUGCUGGGAAACCUCCCGGCGAACCAGAUUCAGGACGCCAUGACGGAGUGCAUGCGGAGCCGGCAGCACCAGUACAUCUUCGAGCCGGUGUGCGCGUCAGUGCUGCUGAGGAGGAACGCCGCCAAGGAGGCGCUGCGGUCGCGCCACUCGGCCCGCAUCGAGGGCCAGGUGCAGCUGGAGCCCAUGGCCCUGCGGCUGUCCCAGAUCCAGUACCAGCAGAUAAUGGCUUUCCUCAAAGAGCUGGACCGCAGGGAGAGGGAAAUGCUCUUCAGGAAGUGGAGGCCCAAAGUCCCCAUCACUGGAAGCUGUCGCCAGUGGUGGAUGUUUGCCAUCCAGGCCAACCUGAAUGAGAUCCGCGAGCAGAGACACAGGAGGAGCUGGGAGUUCGCCCUGCACAGAGCCAGGGACGCCCGGCUCUACACAGACCUGUACUUCCAGAGGGUCAAGGGGGCGCUGCUCAGCCUACACCAAGAGAUGGAGCUGGAGCGGGUGGAGGACGAGCAGACCCUGGAGGAGCUGCAGAGCCUCCGGGAGAUCGUCCACGACCGCUUCCGCAAGCAGGACGAGAUCGCAGAGAGCGUGCGCGAGCCCGUCAGCGAGGUGCAGCCCGACUGCCCCCCCGGCCCCAUCCCCAAGAGCGGGAGCUCCGGGAUGGUCCAGUACCUGCAGUCCUGGUUCCCCGGCUGGGGGGGCUGGUACGGAGAGACCCAGGACCUGGAGGCCGGGGCCGAGGAGCUCCUCCCGGGCCCGGAGACCUGGGACAUACUGGCCGCGGACACGGAGGACCUGUUCGACCCCCUGGAGCACUCCCAGUCCCUGAACACCUUCACCCGCCGGGACCACCUGUUCGCCCGGCUGGAGUUCCUGCUGGAGAAGGGGGCGGUCACCCUGUUCCAGCAGGACCCCCGCGGGGACCGGGCCAACGAGAGCGGGGUCAUCCAGCUGGAGUUCUCUGGUGUGAAGGUGAUGGUGGAGUCCCUGCCCCGCUCCGAGUCCUCCCUGCUGUCGGUGAAGCUGGGCGGGCUCUUCCUCAGGGACCUCACCACCCAGGGAACCAUCUUCCCCGUCCUCGUCUCCCCCAAGACCGACAGCGUGGCCGUGGUUAGUAGCCAACCCUUUGGGCAGGGCAGCAACAUCUCAGGGAGCACCACGGAGACCACAGCGCCCCCUGUCUUUGAGAUGACGUACGAACGCAACCCGGUGAGGUGCAAGUUCGAGAGGAGGCUGGAGGUGAACACCAGCCCGCUGAACAUCAUCUACAACCCCCAGGCCAUCAAGAAGGUCACCGAGUUCUUCUACAAGGGGAGGGUCCACACCUCAGGCUUUGGCUACCAGUCUGAGUUGGAGCUGAGGGUGGCGGAGGCAGCCAGGAGGCAGUACAACAAGCUGAAGAUGCAGACCAAAGCUGAGAUCCGACAGACCAUAGACCAGCUGCUCGUAGGAGAGUUCAUCGAGAACAGCAAGCGGUGGACCAUGAAGUUGGACAUCUGCGCACCCCAGGUCAUUUUCCCUGACGACUUCCAAUCCGAAGACCCCAUGCUGGUCGUGGUUGAUUUGGGCCGAAUCCUCCUCACCAACUCCCAAGAGCUCGACUCCAAGACCAGCUUCAAAGCCACUCAGCCUGAAGGGGAGGAAGACCUGAGCGACGACGAGUACGGGACCCCGCUCACCACCCCCCCGGACUCGCCGCCCCCCGAGCUGGACGUCCCCCCGAAGGAGCCCCUCAAGAGCCCCGACGUCCUCGGCUUCAAGUCGUCCGAGAGCAGCGCCCAGGCCUACAGCCGCAAGCUCUACGAGCGCUACUCCCUGUCCUUCAAGGACCUGCAGAUCAUGGUGGGCCACUUCAAGGACAACUGGAAGCACGUGCAGGAGAGCGAGGUGGGCCCCACGCACGUGGUGGAGAAGUUCAACGUGCUGCUGCAGCUGGAGCAGCGGCUCCGCUACACCUCGGACCCCCAGCUGCCCGGGGCGGUGCUGACGGGCACGCUGCCCGACCUGAAGGUCCACGUCAACCUGGAGAAGAUGACGGCCCUCAGGAGCUGCCUGGCCCGGCUGACCAGCCCCGGGGACGGCAGGGCGGACAAGGGCCAGGACAAGGGCCGGGCGGGCCGGUCGCCGGACCCCCUGCACCUGCGCCACGAGAAGAUCUUCCAACGGGAGGACAGCUCGUGGAAGCUCCAGGGCUCGGCCCGCAACCUGACCCAGAGCGUGAUCACGCUGGAGCAGCACACGCGGGAGGUGUUGGUGGAGUCGCGCCUCCUCCUCGCCGAGUUCAACAUCAACUACAUGCAGCUGGGCGUGGAGAGCGACGGCCGCUACAUCUCGGUGCUCAAGGUGUUCGGCACCAACGCGCACUUCGUCAAGCGGCCGUACGACGCGGAGGUGGCGCUCACGGUGCACGGCCUGCUGCUGGUGGACACGCUGCAGACCUUCGGCUCGGACUUUGACCUGCUGGUGGCCUCCCACAAGCACCUGACCUUCGACAUCCCCACGGGGAGCCUCAUGGAGAGCCAGCCCUCGUCCCCGGCGCCGGCGGAGCGCCCGCGGCGGGAGCCGGCGACGGGGGGCCCCGCGGAGCGCGUCUCGCCGUUCAGCUCCUUCAUCAAGGACGAGGAGGCGCUCAUCAAGCUGGAGUACCAGUUCGUCAGCUCGGACUGCCCGUCCAUGAACCUGGACAGCUCUCUGCAGGUGACCAGCAUGCAGGUGAACAACCUGGACAUCAUCGUCAACCCCGAGACCAUCGUGGAGCUCCUCAAGUUCCUCCAGAAGUCCUUCCCCAAGGAGGAGAGCGGCUGGAGCGCGGCGGCGGCGGCGUCGGCGUCGUCCCAGCAGCCGACGCCGCCGGCGGACGGCAAGGACGGCACCUACCAGUCCACCUACGACCGGAACAAGGAGGUCACGGUGGAGAUCAACCGGCUCAACCUGCUGCUGCUGCGCACGGUCUCCACCGGCGGCCCCGGCAGCGGCGCGCUGGGCCCCGAGAAGAAGGGGCUGAAGAUCGCCACGGCCAGCAUCACCGGCACCAAGGUGAACUUCUCCAUGGGCGGCCGGCUGGAGGUCAACGGCUCGCUGGGCUCCAUGCAGCUGGUGGACCUCACCCAGGAGGGCGGCCGCAACCAGUUCGUGGUCAGCAUCGGCAACGUGGCGGACGUCACCUCCACGCCCGGCGAGGCCAUCUUCUUCGCCGACCCCGAGGGCACCUCGUCGGAGGCGCUGAACUUCCACCUGACGGAGCGGUCGCAGGGCGAGUGCUCCCUGCAGCUGCACAUGGCGUCGCUGCACUACAACCACUCGGCCAAGUUCCUGAAGGAGCUGACGCUGUCGGCCAACGAGGUGGAGGACAACUUCCGCUCCAUGCUGAAGAGCGCCGCCACCAAGGUGUCCACGGUGCUCGCCACCAAGACGGCCGAGUACAGCGGCAUGGUGUCGCUGUUCGAGACGCCGCUGAAGCGCAGCCGCACCCAGAGCCAGAGCUGGGCGUACGCCUACGAGGAGAAGGAGGACGCGGCGGCGGCGGCGGCGGAGGCGGCGGCGGAGGCGGAGGCGCGCUCGCCGCUGGACACGCUGCUGGUGAAGCUCACGCUGGACAUCAGCAUCGAGUCGCCGGUGGUGUCGAUCCCGCGCAAACCGGGCCACCCCGAGCUGCUGGUGGGCCACCUGGGCAGCAUCAUCCUCCGGAACUUUGUGACGGGGCAGGACUCGGAGGGGGACAAGCUGCAGGUGAUGGUGAAGGACAUCCGGCUCUACUCGCUCAGCAUGAGCCAGCUGGUGAUGAGGCGACCGGCGGGCUCGUGUUCGUCGCCGUCGCACGCGGCCGGCGUGGAGGAGCCCCAGUUCACGCGCCACAACUUCUUUGAGUCGCUGAGCCGGGGGAAAGCCUUCCACAUCCUGAAGGACACCACCAUCCAGUUCACCCUGGAGAAGGUCCCGGUCAACGAGGCCUCCCAGUUCACCUACCUGGACCUGGACGAACCUUACCAGAGCUCGGGCCUGCUGCGGGUGGAGGGCAAGUUCGUCAACCCAGUUCAGGUGUUCCUGUGUAAGCCCGUGUACGAACAGGUCCUGCAGACCCUGGACAACCUGUCCCUGAUCGAGGAGCCGCGCUCCAGCCCCAGCGAGCCCCCCGUCCCGCCGCCCCCCACCCCCUCCUCCACCAAGCCCCCCCGCUUCCCCGACCCCCAGGGCGGCCUGUUCGCCCGGGACCCCCCCCCCCUGCACGGCAACCUCUCGUACCGCUCCCUGUCGUCGCCCUCGCCCCUGCAGCGCGGCGGCCGCGGUGGCGCCGGCCUGCAGGCGCCCUCCUUCACCCAGGUGCGGGCCACCUUCCGCGUGGAGGAGCUCCAGGUGCAGCUCACGGCCGACCUCAGCCAGGGCUCCCAGGGCCUGGUGUGCCUGCGCUUCCAGGACCUGGAGGGGGACUUCACCAAGGACCACCCGCAGGCGCUGGCCAUCCAGCUGGCCCUGCGCUCGCUGCUGAUGGAGGACCUCCUGGAGCCCAACCCCGAGUCCAAGCACAAGCACCUGAUGGUGUCGCGCGGCGCCCCCAAGGCCUCCACCUUCUGCCCCAAGGAGUACAUGUCCCAGAGCUGCCCGGCGGCCUCCAAUGCCCUGUACCCGGCCAUGCCGCGCUCCCUGCCCGCGCACAUGGAGGAGGCGCAGAACGUCUUCCAGCUCUACCAGCGGCACCCCAGCAGCGCCAGGCCCGAGGACCGCCGGCCGGCCUACCCCAGCACGCCGCCGCCCUCCCCCACCCAGCGCUCGCCCUCGCCCUCCUCCGACUCCGACUCCGCCUCCUCCGACGCCGGCUCCUCGCCCCACCCGCCGCCCGGCUUCGACGACUCCCUGGUGCACAUCAACAUGCUGCUGGUGGACCGGCUGCACCCCGAGUUCAGGACGCGCUACGGCGCGCUCAGCCGCAGCGUGGACAUCGACUUCAACUGCCUGGACGUGCUGAUCACGCUGCAGACCUGGGUGGUCAUCCUGGACUUCUUCGGCGUGGGCUCCACGGCCAACAGCCACGGGCUGAAGGCGCCUGCCGCCUCGCCCCAGCCCGCGGCUGGGCAGCCCUUCAGCGACCCGAUGGGCCUGGGCCCCCGGUUUGAGGAGAUGGAGGAGCUGGAGGAGGAGGAGGAGGAGGAGGCGGAGCCGGUCAACACCAAGCUGGAUCUGAAGGUUCAUUCGCUCUCUCUGGUCCUGAACAAGAAGACCAACGAGCUGGCGAAAGCUAGCGUCUCCAAACUGUCCACUCACCUUGAAAUGCUGGACGGUGACCUGUCGCUGCAAGGCAGUCUGGGAAGCCUGUCUCUGAGCGACCUCACCCCCCACGGCGACCUCUACCGGGAGCGCUUCACCACCCGGGGAGGAGAGGCCUUGGUGUUCAACAUCCAAAAAUAUGGCAGACCGGACCCCCACAUGCAGCGGGAGUGUGACGUGAAGGUGGCGCUGCAGAUGGCCUCCGUGCAGUACGUGCACACGCAGCGCUUCCAGUCCGAGGUGGUGGCCUUCAUCCAGCACUUCACCCAGCUGCAGGACGUCCUGGGCAGGCAGAGGGCCGCCAUCGAGGGCCAGGCCGUCCGGGAGCACCCCCAGCGGGCGUCCCGGGUCCUGCUGGACAUCCAGGCGGGGGCGCCGGUGGUGUUGAUCCCAGAGAGCUCCAGCUCGCCGCGCCUCAUCGUGGCCAACCUGGGCCAGCUGCGCGUGCGCAACUCCUUCCUGCCGGUGGGCGCGCACGGUACCUUCUCCCUGCGAGACAAGGUAGAGAAACUUACCAUGGCACACACCUUUUUCCCAACUCUGGAGAACGUGCAGUGUGCCCAGACCGCCAGCUCUGGAGGCAGCAUCCACCUGGGGGACAGGGAGCCCUGGUCCUACCCCUCCACCAUCCCCACCCCCACCCAGAGCCACGUGUGUCUGCUGGACUGCCUGGCGCUGGACCUCCAGGAGCUGGACGUGUUCGCGGCGGAGCGCCUCCCCACCCCGCCCCCCCAGCCCCCCAAGCCCGGCGAGGGGCCCGGCGGGGGGCCCCCCCACCCGGACCCCUCCACCCCCUCCUCCUCUGACCUGCUGUUCCCCUCCUACGCCGUGCGCCGGCGGGGGGGCAACAUGCUGAAGGAGAGCUGCCGCCUCAAGCUCAAGGUGGAGCGCAACCUCGACAAGGAGCUGAGCCAUGCGGUCCCAGACAUGUCGAUCCAUGGCAGCCUGUCGUCGGUCCACUGCUCCCUGGACCUGGAGCACUACCAGCUGAUCAGGGGCCUGCUGGAGAACAACCUGGGGGAGCCCGUCGAGGAGUUCCUGAGGCCCUACAACCUGCAGGACCCCAGCUCCUACACGGUGCUGAGCGGGGAUGUGUACACCACCCUCUCCUUCCUGAUCGACAUGAUGGAUGUGAGUCUGGAGCUGGUGGAGAAGCCCAAAGCCAGCGGACAGGAGCUCUCCCUCGCCAGGUUCGACUUCAUGAAGUCCAAGCUGCUGUACGAGAGCUACUCCAACGGCUCCCGCUCCAUCAACCUGGUGUCCCACUCCCUGCUGGCGUACGACACCAGGUUCUCUGGCCCCGACGCACGCUUCCCCGGGCCGGGCCGCAGGCAGGGCCGAAGGGGGGGUAGCGGUGUCGGUGUCGGUGGGGCUGGGGUCGGGACUGGAGGUGUUGGCGAGGACCGAAGCCGGGCCAAGAGGAACGUCUUCGGCUGCGUCCUCCAGCCCUCCAAGGCCGGAGCCAACCGGGCCACGCUGCAGCUGGAGCUCCACUACAGGUCCACCCGGGACUCGUCCUGCUUCACCAUGGUGCUCAACAACCUGCGGGUCUUCCUCAUCUUCGAUUGGCUGAAGCUGGUCCGGGACUUCCUCUACACGGCCCCUGAGAAGUGGCCCCCGGUCACGCCCGUCAGCGCCGGGGGGGGCGCCGCCCCCCGCCAGCGCUGGCCCAGCUCCGGCAGCGACCCCGGGGCCCCUGCCUUCGGCCCCAAGACGGUGAAGAGCGGAGUGGUCACCAAGAGAUCCACCGUUCAGGUCAACCAAGACCGCCACCUGGAGGUCAAGAUCAACAUCACAGGCACAGAGUUUGUGGUGGUGGAGGACUCCUCCUGUCUGGACACCAACGCCAUCAUCCUGAAGGGCACCACCGUCCUGACCUACAAGCCCCGCCUCCUGGACCGCCCCUUCUCUGGCAGCCUGGCCGGGAUAGAGGUGUUCUCCUGUUGCCUUGGCAGCGAGCAGGAGACGGCGCUGUCCAUCAUCGACCCGGUCAACGUGCAGGUGGAGCUCUGUGGCAGCCCCACCUACCAGAGCAGCACGGGUCUGCUGGACGCCUUCAACAUAGAGGACUUCCCCCCGCUGCUCGAGAUCCAGUUCCCGGCCCUCGACAUCCGGCUCUCCUACAAUGACAUCGAGCUCUUCCUGGCCAUCGCCAGGUCCAUCCCCACCGGCGCCGCCGCCGCCGCCGCCCCCGAAGACCCCGGCGCAGCCCCCCCGGCCGGCCCGGAGCCGGUGCUCUCCGUGAAGGACAGCUUCAAGGCCAAGACCGAAGCCCUACUGGAGGGACAGCUGGGCCACCUGCUGGACCUCGGCUUCAGGAAGGAAGACUGCAAGAGAGCGCUGGUGUUUUGUAAAGGUCAGCUGGACCAGGCGGCCACCUGGCUGCUGGAGAACGCCGAGGCGGACAUCGUGUCGGGCCGCGGCCGGGCCAGCCAGAGCGACCCGGAGGCGGCCAGCCACUCGGCGCCGCUGUCGGGCGUGGAGGUCAAGGCGGAGAGCGUCUGCAUCUGCUUCAUCGACGACUGUCUGGACUGUGACAUCCCCCUGGCCGAGCUCACCUUCUCCCGGCUCUAUGUGUUGCAACGGAUCGGAUCCAGCCAGGAAGGGAAAGCCAGCUUCACCCUGUCUGGAGACUACUACAACAGAGAGCUGUCCGGCUGGGAGCCCUUCAUCGAGCCCUGGCCGUGCUUCCUGACCUGGCAGCAGCAGGCUGCUGGACGGCUGCACCCCCCACGCCUGAAGAUGGCUGUCCGUGCCAAGCAAAGACUAGACAUCAACAUUACGUCUGUCCUGCUGGAACAAUGCCGGACCACCAAGAACUCCUGGCUUGCCGACUACUGCAAGGAGGAGGAGCAGGCGGUCCAGGCGCCCCCAGCUAUGCCAUGGAUGGGCUCCUCCGUCGACCCACCCAGCCUGGGCCAGAGUCUUCCUCUGGCCUACCUUAGAACUAGGAGCAGUGCGAGCCUCACCUGCUUGGAGCAGCAGAUUCUCUCCAGAGCAGACGUGAAGGUGUGCCGGAGGAGGCAGCCCUUUGUCCCCUACGCCCUGCGCAACCGCACGGGCUGCACCAUGUGGUUCGCCACCCUCACCACCACCCCCACCAGAGUGGCGCUGUCGCACAGCAGCAGCGCCGACUCCAUCGCCGACGCGCACGGGUCGGGCUCCGAUGACACCCACAACAUCAGCCAAUGGAGAGAGGUCCUGCCAGGGGAGGAGAUCCCCUUUGAGUUCGAGGCCCGGGAGAAGCUCCGUCACAGACACACCCAUGAGCUGAAGCUGCACCAGCUGCUGGUGCGCGUGGCGGGCUGGGAGCAGGUGAAGCCUGUCUCCGUGGACAAGGUGGGCGUGUUCUUCCGCUACGCCGCCCCCGACCGCAACAACCCCUCCAACACGGUGGGCAGUCCCAUAAGCAGGACCAACAUUAUUCAUCCACACGUCUACUUCUCCGCCCUCCCUCCUGUGCGGGUGGUGUUCUCCGUCACCAUGGAGGGCAGCGCCAGGAAGGUGAUCACGGUGCGCUCCGCCCUCAUGGUGCGCAACCGGCUGGAGGUGCCCAUGGAGCUACGCCUCGACAGCCCCUCCGCCCCCGACAAGCCCGUGGUGCUGCCCCCCAUCCUCCCAGGCCAGGCCACCCCCAUCCCCCUGCACCUGAUGUCCUGGCGGCUGCAGGCCCGGCCCAAAGGCCUGGGGCUGUUCUUCUGCAAGGUGCCCAUCCACUGGACCAGCGUGGAGCGGACGGGCGAGGUCAGCAGCAGCAAGAGGGAGUGCCAGUCGGCCAACUUUGAGGACCAACUCAAGCACAACUUCAGGUUCUGCGUGGUGAUCAAGAAGGAGGACUACCCCGAGCAGCAGCCCGCCAAGCGGGCCGCGUCAUCGGCCUCGGGCCCCGGCGUGGGCGGCACCAAGGAGAUCUACCGCCAGCCGGGCCACACCAUCUACCUCAUGCCCACCAUGGUGCUGGCCAACCUGCUGCCCUGCGACCUCAACUACUACAUCAAGGGCAGCGCCAUCCGGGGCUCGCUGAAGCCCGGCAAGGAGGCGGUGCUGCACGCCGCCGACACCUCCCAGAACCUGGAGCUGGGCGUUCUGCUGGAGAACUUCCCGGUGUGCAAGGAGCUGCUGAUCCCCCCGGGGACGCAGAACUACGUGGUGCGCAUGAGGCUGUACGACGCCAACAAGAGGCUGCUGUGCCUCACCAUCCGCAUCGUGCUGCGCGCCCAGGGAGCCCUGAAGAUCCUCAUCUCAGCCCCCUACUGGCUCAUCAACAAGACCGGUCUCCCGCUGAUCUUCCGGCAGGACAACGGGAAGGCGGACGCGGCCGGUCAGUUCGAGGAGCACGAGCUGGCCCGGAGCCUGAGCCCCCUGCUGUUCUGCUACACCGACAAGGAGCAGCCCUCCAUGUGCACCAUGCGCGUCGGCCGAGGCAUCCACCCUGACGGGGUCCCAGGCUGGUGUCAGCGCUUCUCCCUGGAUGGGGGCAGCGGCGUGAGGGCCGUCAAGGUGAUCCAGAACAGCAACCGGCCCGGACUCAUCUACAACAUAGGCAUCAACGUGCGCAAAGGGAAAGGGCGCUACCGGGACUCGCACAUCGUGACCUUUGCCCCCCGCUACCUGCUGGACAACCGCUCCCGACACAAGCUGGCCUUCUCCCAGAGAGAGUUUGCCAGGGGCAAGGGCACCAACAACCCAGACGGCUACAUCUCCACGCUGCCCGGCUCCAGCGUGGUCUUCCACUGGCCCAGGAACGACUACGACCAGCUGCUGUGCGUGCGCCUCAUGGACACGCCCAACUGCACCUGGUCGGGCGGCUUCGAGGUCAACAAGCCCAAGUCCUUCCACGUCAACAUGAGGGACACGCUGGGGAACUGUUUCUUCCUGCGGGUGGAGAUCACGCUGAAGGGGGCCACCUACCAGAUCUGCUUCUGCGACACGGAGCAGUUGCCCCCGCCCUUCCGCAUAGACAACAUCUCGGAGGUGCCGGUCCAGUUCUGGCAGCAUGGCGUGGUGGACAUGCGCCUCCACACGGAGGUGAAGGCGGGCGCCGUGCUGGACUACGCCUGCGACGAGCCCACCCUGCCCCCCUACCUGGCCCUCAUCGCCAAGGGCGCCGGCUCCUCGGAGGUCACGGCCGACAUGAACUUCUUCCGGGAGUACAACAAGCUGUACUACGAGAACUUCAUCUACAUCGCCGCCUCGUACACCUUCACGCCUUCGCAGGAUGCGGGGAAGAGACCAGGCACAAAGGACCAGGUGAGCUGCUCUGAGCUGGUUCUGGACGUGGAGACCAAGACUCAGAGGGUCAUCCUCAAGAAGAAGGAGCCGGGCAAGCGCUCCCAGCUGUGGCGGAUGACGGGGACGGGGAUGCUGUGCCACGAGGGCUCCUCCCCGCCGCAGAGCAAGCCGGCCCAGCCGCGCCCGCUGGACUCCUCCCUGGUGCUGGACAUCGCCGGACUGGCCGCCGUCUCUGACAACAGCUAUGAGCCGUUGAUGCUGCGGAGGCCAGACUCGCGGCGCAGCACUACCCAGACGUGGUACUUCAGCUCUGGGAUGCUCACGUGCGGUUUACCCCGGCUGGUGGUGCAGGCGCAGGGCGGUGUCAGGGGUCUGUAUGACGGAGCAGUGGUGGUGCUGGGUCCGGACUCGGGCCUGAUGGCUCCGGAGCCCGAGCAGCAGUUCAUCAACCAGAAGAUGAGGCCGGGAUCCGGGGUGCUGUCGGUCCAGGUCCUGCCCGACGGACCCACCAGGGUCCUGCAGAUCAGUGACUUCAACCAGCGGCGGUUGGUGCGCACCUCCCCCAGCCUUGAGGGGGAGGGCUCCCGGGAGGACCUGAAGAAGAGCCGGAGGACGGAGCUGGAGCAGGAGCUGGAGGUGUUGGUGAACCUGGAGGAGGGGCUGGGCGUGUCUCUGAUCAACAAGCUGCCCGAGGAGCUCGUGUUCACCACGCUGGCCGGCAUCGACGUGCACUUCACCCGCACGGCCAGCAACGAGGUGCUGGAGCUCAGCAUCCAAACCAUACAGGUUGACAACCAGCUGCUGGGCACCACCCAGCCGGUCACCCUGUGUGUGACCCCCAUCUGCAGCGAGGACAGCGCGGUGGACACUAGUCCCACCCUGCAGGUCAACGCCGUCAAGGUGCCAAGCGAGCUCAUGCUCACCGACCUCUUCAAGCAUCUUAUGAUCACUGCCCGGCGCUUCACGGUCAUCAUCGAGGAGAAACUCCUGCUCAAACUCAUCAGCUUCUUUGGCUACGGACAAAUGGAAGCAGAGCUGGAGAAGCUGGACGAGAACGUGUACGAGAGGCCCAGUGAGGACCUGUCCAACCCCAAGCGCUACUACUUUGAGAACCUGAAGAUCAGCCUCCCUCAGGUCAAACUCAGUGUCUUCACCUCCAACAAGCUGCCCCCGGACCUCAAGGCCCUGAAGGGCACCCUGGGGAUCCCGCUGGUACGCUUCGAGGACGCGGUGAUCAACAUGUACCCCUUCACCCGGGUGCACCCCUACGAGACCCAGGACAUCAUCCUGAACGACAUCCUCAAGCACUUUAGAGAGGAGCUGAUCAGCCAGGCGGCCCAGAUCCUGGGCUCAGUGGACUUCCUGGGGAACCCCAUGGGGCUGCUGAACGACGUGACGGAGGGCAUGUCGGAGCUCAUCAAGUACGGCAACGUGGGCGGGCUGAUCCGCAACGUCACGCACGGCGUCUCCAACUCCGCCGCCAAGUUUGCUGGGACCCUGUCCGAUGGCCUGGGUAAGACCAUGGACAACCGCCACCAGAGCGAGCGGGAGUACAUCCGUUACCAUGGCGCCACCAGCGGUGAACACCUGGUGGCGGGCAUCCACGGCUUGGCUCACGGUAUCAUCGGGGGGAUGACCAGCAUCAUCACGUCCACGGUGGAGGGGGUGAAGACGGAGGGGGGGGUGAGCGGCUUCUUCUCGGGCCUGGGGAAGGGUCUGGUCGGCACGGUGACCAAGCCCGUUGCCGGGGCGCUGGACUUCGCCUCGGAGACGGCGCAGACGGUCCGGGACAUGGCCAGCCUCAGCAACCACCGGCUCGGCGUGCAGCGUGUGAGGAAGCCCCGCUGCUGCAAGGGGCCCCAGGGCCUGCUGCCGCGCUACUCGGCCACGCAGGCCAACGGCCAGGAGCAGCUCUUCCACCUCACCGACAACAUCCUGCAGGAGUUCUUCGUGGCGGUGGAGCCCAUGGACACCUACUGCGUGCUGAUCUCCUCCAAGGUGGUGUACUUCCUGAAGCCGGGCGACUACGUGGACCGCGAGGCCAUCUUCCUGGAGGUGAAGUACGACGACCUGUACCACUGCCUGGUGUCGCGCGACCACGGCAAGGUGUACGUGCAGCUCACCAAGAAGGCCGACAGCACCAGCAGCGGCGUGGCCAUCCCCGGACCCUCCCAGCAGAGGCCCAUGGUGCACAUCAAGAACGAGAGCCUGGCGGUGAAGAUCUCCCAGGAGGUGAACUAUGCCAAGAGCCUGUACUACGAGCAGCAGCUCAUGCUGCCCGCCAGCGACCUCCACGACAGCCUGCUGCUCGACCCCUGAUGGACGGAGGACGGAGGACCGGGAGGCUGGCGGUGACCGUGGCGACGGUGAUGGUGACGCUAAGAAAGGCCCACCCGGAGGUGUAUUGCGCUGACACUAUUCACACUGCAGGAGAGGCCGCCAGCUACGAGGGAACCGUCAACGUAGUUUGUUUCUCUUGUUUACCUGUUUAAGAGGUAUCAGCCUUCUGUUAUUCCUUGAAGGCUUAACACUUUUGUAGGACGUGUGUGUGUGUGUGUGUGUGUGUGUGUGUGUGUGUGUGUGUGUGUGUGUGUGUGUGUGUGUGUGUGUGUGUGUGUGUGUGUGUGUGUGUGUGUGUGUGUGUGUGUGUGAGAGCAGGGUGUGUUGCUCACUAUAAGGGAACAGCAGACGGGUAGGGGGGGGGGGGAAUGUGAAAACCAAAAGCUUUACUGUGUAGAGAGAGAGACGUUUGGUGAGUUUAACUAACCUAAGACUCGACUUCGUUAAGCCGAGCGUGACUAGGGUGAAUGAUAUCUUCAACUGCACUGUUUGUUUGUGUAAUUCUAAAAGAAAAAAAAAAAGGCAGAAUCGAUUGAGAUUAAUUUAACUUGUACAACCAUGUUUAUAUGAUGCUGAUGACGGCCUGUGUACACUCUGUAUAGAUCAUCCUAUGUAGAUAACGCUAAACCCUCACAACACAACUCUUUGUACAUAUCCCCCCGCCAAGGGGGAAAUAUUUAAGACAAAAUACACUGGUGUGAUGUAACUAAUGGCCUUCAAAAAUAUAUAUUUUGUGUAUUAACGAAACGCUUCCUGUCUGAGCGGCGAUGAUCAAUAUUAUGCACUGAUGUUGUGGAAG